AUCUGUAACACCAGGAGUUCAGCUUGAAUAGAUUCACACAGAGGUAAUAUUCCCAUUAGAAUUAUACAGGAAAUCACCCUCCGUUAGAGUAUCUCCUGUUUCAUGGGCCAACGAGAUGCAUCGUCUGACCUUUUGAUUGUGUCGUAAUUGCAUGCUCUCCGUUGUGGAGAUGCAGGCUACAUAAUGCAUGACAGAGGUGUAAUUUGGUGCUGGUUUGGUGUGGUGCUGGUGGAGCUGUGGUGUUGUCUGAGCUGCUGCGGGUAAAUGGUGUCUGCUGCUCGGUCUGCUGCUUGGCACAUGUCAGUGUCAGCUAGUAUUACAGGAUUAGCUGCCGAUGAGCCGCACUGAUCCCAAACGACGACCAACCACCUGCAGGCUAAGCACCUCCCUUGUGCUUUGGAACACACACCCCCCUUACGUGAGGAUCCCUCCCCCUUUCUUUUUUCUCUUUUUCUCUUUUGCUCACUCGUUCAUGGGCCCUGCUGCAUCACACACAAACAUGUGGAUGUAUGGUCAGUAGCGACUUGGAGUUCCUUGGUCGUCAUGGGGAUGUUGGUCAUCCUGAGGGCUGUUUUACUCAGAAAGGUGUGCCAUGACCUCAGUGGGGUAUUCCAUCUGACUGAAGGACCUCUGAUUGGAGGAGCUCUCUACCAUCAUAGCUUCUGAUUGGAUGAGUACACUUGAGCGGAGGUUGCUGAUUCGUCACACUGGAGUAGUUGGCACCGGGACAAGCUUGUUUUCUCUCAUCAAUGCUGCGUUGUCUCGGAUUGUUUGAGGGGCUCUGACGUGACGUGACGUGCUCGACUGGAACUGGAAGCAGGAAGUGCAAACAUGGACACAGUAGAGACCCCGGCUCUGGAGUCGCGGGCCGAGCGCAUCGCCCGCUACAAGGCGGAGCGCAGGAGGGAGCUGGCCGAGCGCUAUGGCAACCUGGAGGAGGAGCUCCCCUCCAAGUGGGUGAGAAGGGAGAGGGCGGGGCGUCGGGCAGGGGACUCCGCCGGGACCGACAGGGGCCUCUCUGGAGGGGUGAACGGAGGGACGGGCGAGCACGGUAGAGGGUCCCACUGGGAGAGUGGCACUGCAGCGCCAGAGCAAGAUCCCCUCCCUCCCAAAAUGUCCAACGGCUUUGAGACGGAUCUCCCAGAGUCCUCCAGCCUAAACAGGCAGUGCCCAGCCGCUGGUGGGGACCCAGACACGCCCCACCUGCACACUCACGUGUCAGUGGGCCAGCUGAGGAGUGCCUUGUUGCAGCAAACCACAGGCGGAGCACAGCCAGAGAAAGUUCCCGUCAGCACAGAGGGGGGUCUUAUGACCUCCUCCCUGGACCUGGCAGUGAAGCCGGGCACGGAGGGGGGACGCAGACGCACCCGUCGCUACCUCCCAGGGGGCGCGGCUGGCAGCCGGAAAACCAGCGAACGCUUCCGGACGCAGCCGGUCACCGCCAGCGAGAUGCAGGAGAGCUGCGGACUCCUGGAGAGUGAGCAACAGGACGGCUCUCAAGGUGAUGCGAAAAUGGACGACAGAGCCAAGAUGAGCGUCGCUGCCAAGAUGUCUCUGUUUAAAGAGCUGGAGAAGACAGCGGCGCCUGAGGCCUCCUCUUUCCUGAAGCCUCGCUCCGGGGGCGGCUCCCAUGAGCGCAGAGUUCGCCGCGCCAUCGAGCACAGGGCGCUCACUCAGCCAAUCACCUGCGAGGAGCUCGUGGUGGCCGUCAGUCAUCCUCAGACUGAGGAGUCUGACGAGGCCCAGGCCACCCAGGGUGAGCCAGAGGCGGAGGACGACGAGAGCUCCAAGCUGAGCAUUAGCGAGAAGAUGGCUCUCUUUAACAAGCUGUCCCAGCCGGGGGCUCUGGCCAGGGAGCCUGGCUCCACCGAGGCCCCAGAGAGACGCAGGCAGAAGGGGGCGCGCUACCGCACACAGCCCAUCACUGUGGAGGAGGUCAGUCUGCUCCAGAAAGCCCCUAUCCAGCUGCCCACUCUGAGCCUGUCCCCACACGUCUUUGACCGGCAGCAGGCCCUGUCCACCAACCUCAAGCCCAGCGAGGUGCGCCAGACCCGGCCACGCUCGCACGGAGAGUGGGGCUCUAGCACAGAACUCCGGGCCCAGCUCAGCCUGGAGCCUGCUGCUGAAAACUACACUUCCCAUCAUGCCGCUCAGCGAGAAGUGCGGGGCAUCCUGAAGAAGAGCCAGUCGGGGGGAGAGGAGUGGAGGGCCAGGGCCAGGGCUGCCAGUGAGAAUGCGCUUAUCGGGUGCCAGGAAGAGGAGCAGAAUGGAGGAGGGCAGAAGAGAGAGAGAUUGGAGGAGGGGAGGGAGGAAUUGGAGGAGAGCCGGUCCUACACUGAGAGGAGGAGGGCGUCUGAGUCAGGAGAGGGAGAUGCUGCGGUGUCUACUGCCCCCUGGAGGCAAAGGGCCAGGAAGGAAACCCCGUCCACGAGAGCCCGCCGAGCCACGCAGGAGCCUACGCCACUGACCUGCCAGGAGCCCUCCAUCCAGCCUCAACCCAGAGUUGACACACAUACAGACAUCCCUGACAGCAGGCUGAUUGAUCACCGCAAUGAGAGAGAGGAGAAAGAGGAGAGGAGGAGGAGAACAAAGAGGAACUCCGUACUCCUGGAGCCAGUGCAGACAGAGAGUGAACCUACCCAUGAUGCAUCUGUCCACGCCCAAUGCUGGGAGCCUGUAUUCUCCUCUGUCUAUAGCCCUCCUAGCACCACUCCUCAGUAUGUCAUGUGUUUCAACCAGACUAACCUGUCAUACGAGGCACAAGAAGUCUGUUCCACCCAAGGCCCAUCUCAGCCCAGCUGGAGGAUACAGACGGUGCAGGUGGGCUCUGCUCAGGAAGACUCGCAGACGGACAUGCAGACGUACGUGCAGACGGACAUGCAGACGCACGUGCAGGCGGAGGAGCAGACGGAGGAGCAGGCGGAGGAGCAGAGAGAGGAGCAGACGUUUGCGCAAGCUGCCUGUCAAGGUCCCUCUUCACCUUCUCCCCUGGAGGCGGCGGCUAUGCCCGAGGCAGCCGUCUGUGAGUCCGUCAGAGAGGUCACGACCUCGAGCACCACGGCCGUCUGGUCGUGCACCUCUGCAGACGCGGAGCAGGACCUCAGCGAUCUGUGUCUGACCAACACACCAAUGCUGUCCUCCGCAGUAGCAGAGCACAGGCGGUCAGUGAGGCCCUCUCGCCGGACACAGGGAUCACGGAAUCCUUUACGCGCUUUAGCUGCCCGUGACGAUGUUCGUGAGGACUUUAACGAGCCCCAGGACAAUGGGGCUACGGUAGAACGCAACAGGAUGGUUAAGAACUGUAAUUCAUCUUCAAGUGACGCUACUGCUGCUACUGAAACAUCAGGCAUCAGCACAGUGCCCUACCACCCACUCAUGCUCAUUCAUGUUAAAGGCUGGCGGCAGGUGCAGGUGCGUGUGGUGGAGCCGGCGGUUCGUUCACUGAACAGCGGGGACUGCUUCCUGCUGGUGACGCCGCAGCACUGCUACUCGUGGAGCGGCCGGGCCGCCAACGCUGCCGAGAGAGCAAAGGCCUCCGAGAUCGCCUUUAUAGUCCAGAGCCAGCGGGACCUGGGUUGCCAGGCAACACAGGUGAUUCACCUUGAGGAGGGAGUCAACAGUGAGAGUUCUCAAGCCAUGGAGUUCUGGAACCUUCUAGGUGGAAGAACAGAGUACAAGGGUGCUGGUGGCCCUGAGGAGGAUGAGCUGUUUGAGAGUGCGCUGGUGGAGUCUAAUUGUGUUUACCAGCUGGAGGAGGACCGGCUUUUGCCUCAUGACCAGGGAUGGGCCACCGCCUCACGCAUCUCCCUGCUGGGCUCCACUCAGACUCUGGUGUUUGACUUUGGGAGUGAGGUCUACCUGUGGCAUGGGAAAGACGUUACCCCAGGUGACCGCAAGGUGGCGCUGCUACUGGCUCAGCAGGUGUGGGCCGGACCUUAUGACUACAGCAACUGCAGGGUCAACCCUUUGGACGUUUCAGCCACUAAUGCACACAUACCCAGACAGGGUGUUGGGCGCCCUAGCUGGGCCCUGCUGGGUCGUCUGUUUGAGGGGAAUGAGACAGCACUGUUCAGGCAGAAGUUUAUGGACUGGCCCGACACGAGCUCUGGCAGAGAGGACAUCUGCAUCCCCACUGUGGAGAUCCCACAGAGUGCCAUCUCUUUGCCAGUGACCUCCCUGCCCUCGGAGGGCUGGUCCUGUGAUGCCAAAGCCCUGCUGGCUGGAGACGGUGUGUCGGGGGCGGGGCCUGUGCUCCUGAAGGGUGUGGAUGUGCAGAGGGGGCGGGACCUUGUCACGCUGAACGACGGUCGGCAGGCGGAGCUGAGCACAGUCGCCGUGGAGACGUGGCACAUUGGCGAGCGUGGGGAGAGCCAGGUGUCCCCUCAGAGCUCUGGACAGUUCCAUGAAGGAGACACCUACGCCAUCCGCUGGAGCUACUGCCUCACCGCUCUUGUUGAUCAGAUAGUUGCCACUGGUGACGAAGUCGGUCUGGAGCGUUCCGCCCUCUUCCUCUGGCAGGGCCGUCACUCACGCCACUGUGGGCAGGAGCUUCCGCCAGCCCUGGCCAAUAUCUGUGGAGCUCAGGUGCUGGUGGCUCAGGGUGAGGAGCCUCCGUGCUUCCUGCAGCUGUUCCAGGGUGGCCUGGUCCUUCACAGGGGCAGGAGGGAAGACACUGCCAACAACACAGUUGGCUGUCGUCUGUUCUGCGUGAAGGGUGCUGUGCCUGUAGAGGCGUCUCUCUCUGAGAUAGAGUGCUGCUGCUCCAGUCUGCGCUCCCGCGGCUGUCUGCUGCUGCUCAACCCCCAGCAGAGGGCGCUCUAUCUGUGGAACGGCUGUAAGGCCCACACCAGCACCCGGCAAGUGGCCAAACACACUGUAGAGCACCUGAUGCACAUGUGUCCUCCUGAGCUGGGUUUGAGUCCUGAUGUCAGUAUCAGGGUUCAAGAAUUGGAGGAAGGGGCGGAGCCAACAGAGUUCUGGGCUGCCAUUGGGCAGCAGGACCGAAAGGCCUAUGACUGCAUGUUACAAGACCCUGGGAAGUAUAACUUCACACCUCGCCUCUUCCAUCUGAGUGUCCAAUCAGGGACUUUCAAGGGGGUGGAGCUACUGAAUCCCUCCAGGGUGACAGGUGUUGCCAUGGCAAUGCCUUUCCUGCAAGAUAACUUAUACUCUGUGUCACAGCCAGCUCUCUUCCUGUUGGAUAACUGUCUGGAGGUGUACAUGUGGGAGAGCGGAGAGGCAUCAGACUGCCAGCGCCCCCACUGGGACAGAGAGAGGAAGUGCGCCAUGGAGACCACCCUCCAGUACUGCAGAGAGCGUAACCCACGGCGCCCCCCGCUGGCCUAUCUGAUAGAGGAUGGAGCUGAGCCGCUCACCUUUACCAACGUCUUCCCUCAGUGGAGCCCCAGGACACCAUCCCAGGAAGAGGCUCCGCGUAAGAAGCUGACCCUGGUGCAGGACGCCCUGACAGCCCUCAGCACACAUCACUUCCCCCUGGAGCAGCUCCUGAGGAGGCCCCUACCGGAGGGGGUGGACCCACUGCAUCUGGAGGACUACCUGUCUGACCACGACCUGCAGAUGGCUUUGGGCAUGAAGAGGGAUGAAUACGCCUCACUUCCUGAUUGGCAGCAGGUCAACCUGAAGAAAACUAAAGGACUUUAUUGAUAUCCACCUUUCAACACACAGUUUUUUUUAUAUAUAUAUAAAGUAGAUUUUAUUUUCUGUCAGCAAAAAGCUAUCUUUUAAAAAGAAAACUUUUAGUAUUUUCUAUUUUUGUGAAAAGUAUUCUUGUUAAGUGGCCCUUCUUUGCACACACACAUGUACAGUG